AUGGAAAAAUGCCUUAAAUGUCAAGAUAACGAAUGGCCAAAUCAAGAAAGAACCAUGUGCUGUGAGAAGCAGGUUGAGUUUCUUUCCUAUGCUGGUGAUUUCUUAACCCUAGUCUUUAUUAUCUCUUCUGUAAUAUUAUUUAUAACAGCAGCAGUUAUACUGGGAACAUUCAUUUCAUUUCAAGACACUCCAGUAGUGAAAGCCAAUAAUCACAGUCUGAGCUUUAUUCUCCUUGUCUCCAUCAAGUUGAGCUUCCUCUCUGUGUUUCUGUUCCUUGGCCGUCCUGUUGUUAUAACCUGCAUGCUCCGACAAAUCUCCUUUGGAAUCACAUUUUGUAUAGCUGUGUCUUGUGUUCUGGCCAAGACCCUUACAGUUUACAUUGCAUUCAAAGCCACUAAGCCUGGGAGUCCCUGGAGAAGAUGGAUGGAUAUAAAAGUGGCAAACUGGCUUGUUUUUAUUUGCUCAUCAAUUCAGUGUCUGAUUAGUGUUAUCUGGUUGGUCAUUUCACCCCCUUAUGUGGAGAACAUUCUGUCUGAACCUGGAAAAAUCAUCAUUCAGUGCAAUGAGGGCUCUGUCAUUGCCUUCUAUAUUGUCCUCUCCUACAUGGGAUUGUUGGCAUCUGUGAGUUUCAUUGUAGCUUUCUUGGCUCGGACAUUACCGGACAGUUUUAAUGAGGCCAAGUACAUCACUUUCAGCAUGUUGCUCUUCUGCAGUGUUUGGAUCACAAUGAUCCCGGCCUAUCUGAGCACCAAAGGCAAAUACAUGGUGGCAGUGGAAAUAUUUGCCAUAAUCUCUUCAAGCUGUGGCCUUCUCUUCUGUAUAUUUCUACCCAAAUGUUACAUUAUUUUAUUCAAACCAGAGAUAAACACAAAUCUAAUGGAGCCAGACUCUGGAGUUAACCAGACUCUUGAGCAAUUUUUGAAAUCAAAUGUGUCUCUCCGUCAGGAUGAUUGGUCCGAUCUCCUUCCUUGGGCAGAGUUUGCCCAAUGCUUCUCGUUCUUCUACUGGAAGGUCAUGGUUUUUGUCUAUGGUCAGCAACCACUAGCCUUUCCCCAAGACUUCCUCAUUUCUGAUGUUCCAGUAGCCAAUGUCCAAGAGAUCCAAAUGUCGGCUCUCCCUUCCACUUCUGCUGCCACUCCUCCUGCACCAACAGAGGUUCAAGUUAUCACAUCGGAGAUCUCUGAACCCAAGGUGGCUUUCCCAGAGAAAUUUGCCGGAGCUGUUUCGGAAUUUCAGGAGCAACUGCAAGCUGCUGUUCUCCUUAAAGCCCCACACCUAUCCUACUGA